CCCCAGCCUCGCCACUCAGCGGUGUCCAGCUCAGGCUCGCUCCGGCUCUUCUCCCUCCAGCCUCGCUGAGAUCCCAGCUCGACCCCAGCCAUGAGGUUCCUCUGCCUCGUCCUCGCCGUCUUCCUGCUGGUCUCCCUGGCCGCCCCAGGCUACGGGCAGGUGAGGAAGUACUGCCCUAAGGUCGGGUACUGCUCCAGCAAGUGCUCCAAGGCGGACGUGUGGUCCCUGUCCUCCGACUGCAAGUUCUACUGCUGCCUGCCGCCCGGCUGGAAGGGGAAAUAAGGGCUGAGGAAGGAGCCCCCGGGGACGAGGAGGCAGCUCGGUGGCUUUGGGAGCGGCUUCUCGACUGUCGAACCCAACUGUCAUCCCCUCCUCUCAGUAAAUAAAAAGAGACAAAAAGAUGUAACUCCCA